GGCACAUUCACCCUCCCGAAACCAUUCGACUCCUCGCUAGGCAACAACUUCACAUCCACGACCUGCCCGGACUUCUUCACCACAUUCCUCUCCGACCAAACCUUGACGUCUUGCCUCCCGCUAUCCCUCCUUCUACAAACCUCCAAUGGCUUCUUCACGGCCUCCCGCUCUCUGCUCAAACUCACGCAGAUCCUCGACGCAAGCUGCUCAGUCGACUUCCCCACCUGCUCGAACCUGAUGGCCUCGCUCGCGACGCAAAUCCAGCAACCCGAUAAAUGUGGUCCAGACUUGAAAACGGAGAAUCCACUCGCCUUGACAGCACUUCGCGGCUUCACCGCGUACCAACCACUUUACAAAGCUGGAUGUCUCGCAGACAGCUCCGCCUCGACAUCAGGUGGAGGAUCAAAUUACUGCUACGCCAACGCUGCCACCGACUCGGAAAAUCCGGAAAGCAGUUACAUCUACUACCUUCCGCUGGGCGUUUCUCUUCCCGGAGGUUCCCGACCGGCGUGCUCGACGUGUUUGAAGGAUACGAUGGCGAUUUUCGCGAAGGCGGUAUCUAGUACACAGGUGCUGAAGGAUAACUACGUGGGCGCUUCGCAGCAGGUGAAGAUGCUGUGCGGACCCAACUUUGUUGAGUCGAGUGUACAGCCGACGAGUGCUGCGAGU